AAUUAUUGCUGAACAGAUUGAGUUGAUUAUUCUUGUAAAAUAAUUUCCAAUAAAACUAUGGCAAUGCAACUGUGUUUCAACAGUUGAUCAAUUUUUGCCAAACACUUGACGAUUGUUUGAGACAAUGUUUUCAUUUUUAAUCAUUUUCCCAUUACUUUUCACCCUUUCAGCUUCAGCUUUGACUGAUUUGUUGAGUUCCAAGUCGCAUGCUGGUUACAAUACCUAUGCUGUCCUGGUUGCUGGGUCAAAUACACACUUCAAUUAUCGUCAUCAAGCUCAUGUUUGCCAUACUUAUCAAAUCCUUAUUAAUCAUGGAGUUCCUGCAAAAAACAUCAUUGUCAUGAUGUACGACGAUAUUGCCUAUGAUCAAAUGAAUCCUUUCCCUGGUCAAAUAUUCAAUGCUCCCAAUGGCACUGAUGUCUAUGCUGGUGUAGUGAAAGAUUACACUGGCGAGGAAGUAACUGCUGAAAACUUCCUUGGUGUACUCAAAGGUGACAAGACUCUUGCUGCCAUGGGUAAGAAAGUACUCACCACUGGACCCAAUGACAAUGUAUUCAUUUACUAUGCUGGACACGGAGGUGUUGGCCUUCUUGGUUUCCCAUCCAGUUGUCUUUCUUCACAUGAUUUGAACGAAGCUUUAGUUUACAUGCAUGACAAUAAAAUGUAUGGUAAACUUACAAUUCACUUGGAAGCUUGUGAAUCUGGUUCAAUGUUUGAAAACAUUUUACAAGAUAAUCUAAAAAUUCGUGCCAUUACCUCUUCCAACUCUAAAGAGAUAAGCUUUUCAUGUUAUUGUGAUACCCAUAACAUUGGUACCUGCUUUGAAGAUGAAUAUUCAGCUUCUUGGCUUGACUAUAAUAACUUGACCAGACAAGCAUUGGAACAACAGUUUACAGAUUAUGGUGAAAACAGUCCAAGCUUAGAUCCACAGCAAUUUGGUCAAAAGUCUUUGAUUAGUACGAUUCUAAAAGCAGGUCGAAGUUUCCUUUUCCGUGGCGUUAAAAAGGUCGUCACUCAUCUUUGUGUCCAUAAUUACUGUAAAGAUGCCAAGAAAGUUAUGUUAUCUCGACGACCAUUAGUUAAGCAUGAAACAUACGCAAAAGUAGCCAAAAAGUUCCAUUCAAAAUGCCUUAACUUGGGUGUUCACACUUUUGGAAUGAAAUUCAUGCAUGCUUUUGCCGAUAUUGUUGAAUCAAACGACUUCAAUGAGGUAACAUUGAACCGUUUCAUGGAAGAUUUGGAGAAAGCUUGUAAGAAUCACAUUGUUGGCCAUAACUUCAAAGCUAUUAUUUAAGUUAUAAUAUGGAUAGCAUCAUAAAUAAAAUGAACUAACAAGGAAAAACUAUUGGAACAAAUAUUUAACAAAAUCUGUUUUCUGCUAUCAAAUUGAAUGAUAUUUUUGCGCUAAUGUUUCAAUCUAACAAUUAAUAAAGUUAAAGAUACACACGAA